GGGAAACAGCACUAGCUGCAAGUCAGGCGUUGGCAGCAGCAAACGCCGCAGCUAGGGAACGGGCAGCAGCAGCAGCCAGCGCAACAGCAAUGGCUACCGCGGCAGCAUCCUCUGCUGCAUCCUCGUUUGGGACCCAGUUGGGGAUGGCCCUUGGGCCCACUUGUACUUCCGGAUCAGUAGGUUCUAGUCAGUCCACAAGUCAAAUGGCGGGCUCGCAGUUCAGUCCGUUGACCCCACGCGGUAGAGAGCUACUAGAGCUCCAACAAGUCAAAAGGAUCCGCACACGGUUAGAGAGGGAACUGAAGCAAGCUACCGAUAGGGAAAAUGAGAUUAGAAAUAGAACAGCCAGGCUUGAUACGUUAGAGGCAGACAAAGUUGCGUUAGAGGAGUUAGAUGAGUCAGCAAUGUCUGACGCAAUGAAAGUCUUAAGGUCCAGCAUACUGUCGCUGCAUGCGCAUGUGGACAGCAGGCUGGAUUUCAUGCAGAACUCCUUGGACCAAAUCUUGGACCUUUUGCAAAGGCCAGGAUUACGGCCAGCAGCACAGUCGCCGUUGCCGUUAACGGCGAUGUCAGGCCCCUUUCCAGCACAAGCUGGCACACAACCAAGUGGGAUUAGGCCGGAAGAUGCGAAGGUGGCUAGUAUAAGGGACUGGCCACGACCUCAGACAGUGACUGAGGUCAGAUCUUUCUUAGGGAUGUGCGGCUACUAUAGGAACUUUGUGAAAAACUAUUCCAUGGUCACCUCUCCUUUGACUGAUCUCACUCGACUUGAUACGCCUUGGGACUGGAGUGAUGAGUGUGAGGCUGCUUUCAAACGAUUGAAGGAUGCACUCAUGAAUCACGAGACCCUCAAAUGGAUCAAGACUCAACCUGCUCUUUCUGCUGCACUCAAGCGAUGGAUUGAAGUCAUAGAUCAGUAUGACUUCAAGCUAGAGUAUCUGAAAGGAGAGUACAACAAGGUUGCGGAUGAGCUAUCACGUAGGGCAGACUACCUAGGGGCGCUAGUUUCUGAAUUUGGCGUAUCUGAAGAAGUAACUCAAUCGCUGGUGGGAGCCUAUCAGGAAGACCCUGUCACGAUGGACAUCAUCCGCAAGCUGCAGGCUAAAGACAAGGCCACUGAAGAUGAGUUUGUGAUGGUGGAAUGGUUGCUCUUUCUGAGAAAGGCUGGGAUUGAAAGAUUAGUUGUUCCAUCUAGUGAAAAUUUGCGCAGUUUAUUUCUAGGUGAAUAUCAUGAUGCAGCUGGACAUUUUGGCUUUAAAAAGACCAGUGCCAAUCCAGUACAGCGAUUUUGGUGGCCCGGAAUGCUAGAUGAUGCAAAGAAAUAUGUGGAGACCUAUCAGGUCUGUCAGCGGGACAAGCGACGAACUCAAGCACCGCUUGGGCUGCUGAAGCCCUUGCCUAUUCCCGCUGGUCCGGGACAUAGUGUUUCCAUGGAUUUCAUGGACACCUUGGUAACCAGCAGGAGUUGCAAUAGGCACAUUUUUGUCAUCAUAGGCCGAUUUACCAAGUAUGCUAGACUGAUUGCCAUGCCAGAGACUGCCAGGACUGAGCACGCCAUCAAGUUGUUUUUGGACAACCGGGUGCGUGAUUUUGGACUGCCAAAGUCAAUCAUUAGUGAUAGAGAUGUCCGUUUUACAAGUGAGUUGUGGAAAAAGACUGUUGAGCAAAUGGGCAGUCAACUUCAGAUGACUUCUGGGAAUCAUCCCGAAGCCAAUGGACAGGUCGAACAGAUGAACAAAGUUGUGCAACAUUUGUUGAGGCACUACAUCAAGCCCAGCCAGGAUGACUGGGAUGAGAAAUUGCCUCUCAUUGCCAUCCUGUACAACAACGCUGUGCACAGCACAAACGGCGUUAGUUCUAACCAACUGCACUUGGGAUGGAAGCCUAGAUCUACUCUAGACUUCCUCCUGCCUGAAAAUCGACCCUCUACAACUCCGGGCACACUUGAGUGUGGUGUGCAGUAUGAGAAGUUACUGCAACAAGCUGUCGAGCACAUCAGGAAAUCUCAAGAAGCAAUGAUUGCUUCUGAGAACAAACAUCGUCGACAUUCCAUAUUUCAGGUAGGGGAACGUGUCUUGGUCAAGGCUAGUGAGCUAGGACAAGAAUUCAGAAUCUCUCGUAAACUAAUGCCACAUUAUUUCGGUCCCUGGGAAGUCUUGGACGUAGUUGGGGAUGACUUGGAUGGUCCUUCCUAUGUUCUCCGAAUCCCUGGUCGCCUGCGCACUUAUAUUGAGUUUCACGCCUCAAAGCUUGCACCUUUCGCUGAGACAGAUCAAUUUCCUUCACGAAGAUCAAUGCUGCCCCCAACCAUGGAUGGCCACGUGGACAUCGACGACAUUCUCAAACAUAGAGACAUGCCUGUUCCCAUACCUCUUGGCAGAGGAAGACCUCCAAAACCCAAGAGAGAAUACAGAGUCAGAUUCAUGCAUCACACAGAUCCAAAAGAAGAUUGGUGGUUCACCAGAGAGGAACUGAUUGAAACAGCACCUCAGGUGGUGGCUGAAUAUGAAAGACAACUAAAGGGGAAGGCACCUACAAAGUAAGCAUCUCAACGGACUUUCGAAGCUAAGGGGGAUGAAAUGUGAGGAUUGAGCCCUCAACAGGGCCUUGCCGACAUGCAUAUGUUCUGGGCAUAGGCCCCCAACAAG